CGGGCGGGCAGCGGGAUGUUAUGAGGCGGAUGGUCGCGGGGAGUUCGCUCGCUGCGGCUCGGGGGCAGCAUGGCGGUGGAGGACGAGGGACUGCGGGUGCUGCAGAGCGUCAAAGUCAAGAUCGGAGAAGCGAAAAACAUGCCUCCCUAUCCAGGGCCAAAUAAGAUGAGGGACUGCUACUGUACAGUCAAUCUGGAUCAAGAGGAGGUAUUUCGGACCAAAAUAGUGGAGAAAUCGUUAUGCCCUUUUUAUGGUGAAGAUUUCUAUUGUGAAAUUCCAAGAACCUUCCGUCACCUGUCGUUUUAUAUUUUUGAUAGAGAUGUCUUUCGGAGGGAUUCAAUUAUUGGAAAGGUCGCUAUCAAGAAAGAUGAGCUUCAGAAUUAUCACAAUCGGGAUACCUGGUUCCCACUGCAGCCGGUCGAUGCUGAUUCAGAAGUUCAGGGCAAAGUUCACCUGGAGCUAAGACUCAGUGAAGUGAUCACUGACAGUGGGAGCAUUUGCCAUAAGCUGGCCACACGUGUUUUAGAGUGCCAGGAUUUGCCAAUAGUAAAUGGACAAUGCGAUCCUUAUGCAACAGUUACCUUGUCGAGCCCAUCCAGGUCAGAGGUGAAGAAAACAAAAGUAAAACGAAAAACGAAUAAUCCACAGUUUGAUGAAAUGUUCUAUUUUGAGGUGACAAAGCCUUGCAGCUACAGUCGAAAGUCGAACUUCGACGUUGAAGAGGAGCAUGUGGAGAAGAUGGAGAUCAGGAUUGGGCUUUGGAACGCCAGUAACUUAAAGUUUGGUGAUGAAUUUCUAGGAGAACUCCGACUUCCACUGAAGAUCCUGAAGCAGACUUCUUCCCAUCAAGCAUGGUACUUCCUGAAUCCCAGAGAUAAUGGGAAGCCCGUUAAACCAGUCGACCUGGGUUCCCUACGGCUAAACAUUGUUUACACCGAAGACCACGUAUUUCCAUCUCAUUAUUACGAUCCACUGAGGGACCUUGUAAUAAAAUCAGCAGAUGUUGAGCCAGUCUCUGCGUCUGCUGCCCAUGUGCUGGGGGAGGUGUGCCGAGAGAAGCAGCAAGCUGCCGUGCCGUUGGUCCGGCUCUUCCUGCACUACGGGAAGAUUGUUCCUUUCAUCAGUGCCAUCGCCAAUGCUGAAAUAAACAGGACCCUAGAUCCAAACACCAUCUUUCGAGGCAACUCCCUGACCUCCAAGUGCAUUGAUGAGACGAUGAAACUGGCAGGGAGGCACUAUCUACAGGUCACACUGAAGCCUGUUGUCGAUGAGAUAUGUGAAGUACAUAAGUCCUGUGAGAUUGACCCAGUUAAGCUGAAGGAUGGUGAGAACCUGGAGUCGAACAUGGAUAACCUCAGACAGUACGUGGAAAAAAUUUUCAAUGUCAUCACAACGUCGGGUAUGAGCUGUCCCACAGUUAUGUGUGACAUUUUCUUCUCGCUGAGGGAGUCUGCUGCCAAGAGAUUCCAAGAUGAUCCUGAUGUGCGGUACACAGCUGUAAGCAGUUUCAUCUUCCUGCGAUUCUUUGCUCCAGCCAUUCUGUCACCUAACCUAUUCCAGCUGCAUCUUCACCAUCCAGACCCAGUAACAGCGCGGACCCUGACUCUCGUGUCCAAGACCAUCCAGACCUUGGGUAGCUUAUCGAAGUCCAAAUCUGCAAGUUUCAAGGAAUCCUACAUGGCCACGUUCUAUGAGCACUUUAAUGAGCAGAAGUACACAGAUGCUGUAAGAAAUUUCCUAGAUUUAAUCUCCUCCUCUGGAAGAAAGGACCACAAGAGUAUUGAGCAGCCCAUCGUGUUAAAGGAAGGGUUUAUGAUCAAGAGGGCACAAGGAAGAAAUCGCUUUGGCAUCAAGAAUUUUAAGAAGCGGUGGUUUCGCCUGAGCAACCAUGAGUUCACCUAUCACAAGCACAAAGGUGACCAUCCACUGUACAAUAUUCCAAUUGAAAAUAUUCUCGCUGUUGAGAAACUAGAGGAAGAAUCGUUCAAAAUGAAGAACAUGUUUCAGGUCAUUCAGCCUGAGAGGGCACUGUACAUCCAGGCCAACAACUGUGUCGAGGCAAAGGACUGGAUUGACAUCCUGACCAAAGUUAGCCAGUGCAACCAGAAGCGACUCAGCACGUACCACCCGUCCGCCUAUCUCAACGGCCACUGGCUGUGCUGCAAGGCCAGUUUGGACUGUGCACCUGGCUGUACCCCCUGCACUGGUGGCCUUCCUGCGGACAUUCAGCUGGAUGUGGACAGCGACCGUGAGACUGAGCACAUUUACUCGCUCUUCAAUGCCCACAGGACCAAGCUGGAGAAGAUGCAAGAGGCUUGUGGCAGCAAGUCUGUGUACGAUGGCCCAGAGCAGGAGGAGUAUUCGACAUUUAUCAUCGAUGACCCUCAGGAGACGUAUAAAGUCCUUAAACAAAUCAUAGCUGCUGUCCAAACCCUGGAGAUGGAGCACGCUCAGUACAAGAGGAACAAGUUCAAGAGGACCAAGUAUGGUAGCCAGGAACAUCCAAUUGGUGAUAAGUCACUUCAGUGCUAUGUUUCCGAGACCUCAGGAUCUCCAGCCAAUUCUGUGUGACCAGCAUACUUGAGAAGGAGCUGGGAAGCCAAGAGUAUUACUUUAUAUCUGCAGGUGCUGGAUAUUUAGUGUCUGGUCCGAGCCUGAAACUAAAUUUGAAAUGCAGAGGAUAAUUUGUGUAAAGUGUACAGAUUUGCAGUGUUCAGCUUAAUUGACUCUUCCAUACCAUUUUAACCAAGUCUCCACAAACUGUUACAGUAUGCACUUUAGUUAUCUGUAGGUGACAGAUGACUAACUAUUUGCCUUUAAGGCAGUUAUUUUAUAUCUUCUGAGCAGCGAUCAGUUCAAUGAUCAUUGAAAGUGAACCGGUUGGCUAGAGAUUUUACAACCACUGAGUGGACACGUGGGAGAUGGCGGAUGCUGGAAUCUGGAGCAAAAGAACAAACAGCUGGAGAAACUCAGCGGGUCAGGCAGCAUCUGUGGAAGGAAGUGGACUUCAGAUGAAGGGUCUCGGCCUGAAAUGUCAGCUGUCAAUUCCCUUCCUCAGAUGUUCCUCCAGCAGUUUGCUUUGAGUAUUGGACUGAGGCGAAAAACUAACCCCAAGGUGCACUCUGGGGUAACGUUAGUAGCGGGCGUUGGAGAGCAGUGCUUUGUCCCGGAUAUGUGCUAACUGCCAAGCCUCGCCUACUUACAAUUAAACAUUCAAACAUCUCUGGUCUUUGCUCCACUCUUCCCUCUCUGUGAGGUUCCAGCUCCAUAUCACUCACCUGCUGUGCUAGGUUCCAGGGAGACAGAUGCUGUGGAGUCACUACUGGGUCUGGUUCAUCGGGACCCACUGGCACCACUGCUGCCUGGGGUUGAAUGCUCUUCCACAGGGCCUGGGCUUUAGUCUUUGCCACUGUGAAUCCUAUUUCACCUGCCGAGUUGUGCUGCUCCUGUCUGCAACUGGAGAGGGAGCCCCACAUUUAUACUCCUUCCCGUUUGGUGUGCGCAGUGUUGAGAAAGCCCCGUGCUUGUGUAUAAUCUACUGAGAGUCCACAGUGAUGUCUAGUUUUGACGCUCUGUGGACGUAGUCACCCUCUAUGUGCCGUCCAGCAGACAGUGCGGUCAUUCUGUCCGUGUGUGUCACGUGACCCUGUCAAGGCUCUCAGUAAAGCUCCCCUCCCUCCCUGCACAGCCACCCCGGGAAUCAGCAUUAACUAACAGCAGUCAGUGAGUUCGGACCCAGGCACUCUGCUGUGAAAUACUUUCUACUGACCCUGCUGCCUGCUUCACUUUUAACCAAUUUAAAACUCCAUUUGCAAUUGCACAUUUUUAUCUAAAGAGAUAAGAAAUACAACCUCAAUUUUAGCUAGUUAGAAUUCCUCUGCACUGCUGGGAGUUGUAUAUUAGUGUACUUGUUUUUAAAGAACCAUUGUCAUAGAGGUAGAAUUGAUUUACCAUGUUUUAGACAAGUGCUGAACUGAAUAUGUUGUAUAUACUACAGAACUCUGUAACUUUAAAGGGAAAUGUUCAUUUCAUGUGAGUGUCCAGUUCAAUACAUCAGUCAACAGGAUGGAUUCCUUGUAACAUAAACCCUGAAACAUUAAAAGCUUGGUUCAUCAGCAGUUCAUCAACAGGCAAGUGCUGCUAACCUUCAGAGGGGUGCCCAUGCUGAGGCUGGGGCAGUGUUGAGGGACUAUGUGGGUUAUAUUUUGGGGCGGUGUUAAGAAAACAGCUGGGCUGAUACUGGGCCAGUGUUGACCAGAACAAAGACGGUUAACUUGGGCUGAUGUUGCGGGGGUAUUGGAUAGUGUUGGGAUGUUGCCAGAGGUUGCAAUGGCAUUGAGAAAAAAUGCCCGGGCUAAUGCAUUGUUGAGGAAACCCUAAGGCUGAGAUGAGGGAGAACAAGGCUGAGAUCAGGAAGUGCUCAGGGAAUAUCUGGACGAUGUUUGGCCAGUGAUGAGGGAGUCUCCGGUCUGAAUGGGUCAACACUGAGGCAGCAUCUGAGCAAUUUUUGAGCAGCAUUGAGGGAGAGCCUAGGAAAACAAUGGGUUAGCCACAUAUUUGACUGAUUGGCACCUGUCAGGUCAGGCACCAGCAGAAUAACCAAGCUUUUACUGUACAGGAAGCAUUAAUGGGACACAGUGUAUUUUUAACUGCCAAAUAAAA